AUGAGACCAGAUGCACUAGAUGCUGCUACAACAAAAGCCACGCACAAGAGUAUGCACUCGUCUCGGACAAAUUCACCGGCCCAGCAGCAGGUUGAACACCACAACAACUCCAGGACUCCUAUCGUAUCCACGGACGGUACAUUUUCCCCAACAGACAACACUGGGAAUGAACCAGCAUCCGCUGCCUCGAUCCUUGUCUCAGAAGUCGUACAAAGCGUCAAGACCGCCGUCGACGAUGCGCUGACAUGGGCCGAGAACAAGGUCGAUGGCCUGCAUCCGGGACAAGAGAGCGCUGGACCAUACACGUCGCCGGCUACUUGUAUGCCUUCGGAUCUCGAUGUCAUUGCGAGUGGACUUAUGCCUGCUGUGCAGGGCACUGGACAGGACGAAGAUAACGACAACACAAAGGGAAAAGACAAAGAGAACAAGUAG